AUGCUGAUCCCGAUGGAGAUAGCGAUCCCGUCGGAGACCGGAGUUGACCUCGCUUGCCCGCUGUUCGCAGACGUAGUCCAAGAAGCUGGCAAUGCUUCGAACGACACGCAUCGGAAGACCACUGCUGUUCAGUCCCUUCUCAUGAUCCACCAGAUGGCGCAGUCGAACGUCGAUGUCCACGGUGAUCCAUGCUGGGAUGCCAUCGAGACGGACGUCGUGCGCUCGCAGAAGGUCGAGGCUGGCAACGCCACGGGGAUGUGCGCAUACGUGCGCCAGUGGUCAGGCGGUGAGAACCCAAUACUCCUCCAUGAUCUGCAGGAGUUCGCUGGCCAGCUGAGGACUCGCAGGGACGUUGAUGGCAAGCCGUGGACGUUGCUGGCAUCUCUGUCGCUGACGUCAUGCCCCUUCUACGUGAACGCGCUGGCCAAGACUGCCAUGACGGCCCCAGAGAACUACUGCAAAGAUAACAUCAACAAGAUCUGGACAAGCGCUGAGUUGACGGAGUGUAUUUCCAAGAUCCGAGGCACCGUCGCUUCGGCCAGCGCGGACUUCGUCAAGGCCAGGGCGUUCUUGGACACCGUCAAGGGCCUGACACCUUCGCAAAAGGCGAAGCUCGUCGGCGACAUGGAGGUGCGAACUUGCAUGGUGAUCCACGGUAAGAAGAACAAGGGGAAGGUCCAAUGCAAGACAGCGCAGGAGAUCUGCAGCACCUUCCUCGGCGACGUCUACGCACUUGCCCCGCGUGCUCGGUCUCUUCGGGCUCCGUGGUCUUGCGUCGAGCCGACGCGCAAGCCAGGAUCAGGAGAUGGCGAGAAGCGCAGUUGCAUCCGAGAGUUUCAGGGAGCAGCAGCUGUCUUGUCGGCAGCGUCGCUGCACGAGAUGGGGUAUGUGGUCGGUGCCCUCCUCGAGAGAGCCGCUGGUGACGAUGGCAACGCGUGCACCGUCAAGGGCAUCGGCGGCGACUCGGUCGAGGUGGAGUUGAUCGCGGGCCAGAAGAAGUCCAUGCUGAAGCUCCCCCUGGGUCAGCUCGCCGACGAGUUCAAGGUUGCCAAGAAGUCGGUGGACCUCACGGUGGGCGUCGGCGGCUCCGACGGCUUCCAGAUCCAGGAGCUCUCCGAGUGCAAGGUUGAGCUCGCCAAGGCCCUGCUGCGCUGUGCCGUGCAUCACGCUUACUCUGAGCAUGAAUCGAACGUUCAGCUUGACCAGCACACGUGUUUAAUUCCCUAUUGGCUUGUGCCGACCGCCACAGACAGUGAUUCGCCAAACAUGAAGAUGGAUGCCAUCAAAAUUUCGGUGUCUGCGCGGACUGGCAUGACUGGUGGCACCGACGUCGUGAUAGAACUCCCAGUGUUGACAAACACUAAGGUCAUCUCGAAGGGUUGCCCGCUGCUCCGUCCAGGCGCUAAGGGCUUCGCUCGCGUCUCCAUGGCGGACCAGCCGACGUCCACCAACUCGUGGUUCGCAGAGAUAGAAGAGAAAGUCGGGCUGAAAUUCGUGAAGUGCAAUCGGCUGGAAUGCAAGUUCGCUGCAUAUCUGAAUCGCAACUUCGAGAUGCUCGACGAAGCGAUCAGGCUGCGGAACGUCAAGACAGAGUUCCUGCUCGGCCAGAACUUUGCGAUCAACGGCCUCAUCGGCGAUAUCGAUGAGGAUGGGGAGCACAGACCGAACAAGCGCCCGAGGAAGGAGCAGAUCGAUGACCUUGACCCGUACAUCAUCAUCGAACUCAAAGACGUUGACAACAACACACACACUAUGAAGGUCAUCCCCACAGCUAACCCCAGGGCCAAGCUCACCAUGGAGCUCAGGACAGGCAACUUUGAGUUUCUCACAAGGAAGCCCAUGGUGCCUCAGGUGCCUGAGUUUGUCCCGACGAUCAUUGAGCCGAAUGUGUUGUGGAUGCGUCGCCGCUCAAGUUUGUACACGCGGUGGUUUGACGGGGCCAGGUGGCGCUUGAAGAUGGAGAGGGCCCCCAAGGGCCCGAACUUCCAGGAGAGGGUUUCUCGCGGCGCAAGGGUGCUCCAGGUCUUCUAUGACGAGCACCACGACGACCGCCUCAAGGCGUUCGCGUGCCAACCCACUUCUACCAGCGCCACGUCGUGCCACUCACCAGCGCGGGUGGCUGCGCCAGCUGCCGCUAACCUUGCUACCCAGCUGGUCGACAUUAUCAACCAGAGGGUCGCGUUCGUGGACGCCCAGGCCGCAGCAGGCAUGGAUCGCAACGCCCUCCUGAGCUCGCAGUCGCACGCCCUCAUGGCUACCAUCGCCCAAACCAGGGGCCUGACGUUCGCCGACGGCACGGUGGUCACUGCGGCGAUCACUACUGGACCGUGGCUCCCUACCCAGAGGAACAGCUUGUGCCAGGCUGUCUCCGAUGCCAUCACAGCUCCACGCCCUUCGUCAGGGGCGAGGGCGCAGCAGCGUUGCCCCAACUUGGCUGCCUUCUUCACGGCGCAUGACUGGGGCGUGUUCGACAGUCCAGACUUGACCUUGAGUUUCAAGAUCAACUGCAUGGGCAACAGGAUGUGGCGCAUAGGCGUCACCUGCCCGUGCGAAUCCCUGCUCAAGCGAGGCGUCGCGAUCAUUCUCACCUACAGCAGCCCUGGCAACAUGGACGUGACCACUAAGAAGGAGUUGUGCAAGCAGCUCCAGACCGUAAUCAAGCACCUCGACAGGCAGCGGUGGUCGUUCGCCCAUAUCACUAAUUACCCCCACACGCCAGAGCUGCUCGCGCAGAAUGUCAGGGACUUCGCGUACCAGGACGAGCCUCCGAUCCCUGCGCCCGCUGAACUUCAGCCAGCGCAGGUUGAGCUUGAGAUCUCCGCGAUGGGCUACAAGGGGACCCACAAGGAUCUGCGGUCCAAGUCGCCCUUACCAUGCUUGGCCAUGCUCACGGAGCUGGAGCGCACGGCGGAGCUGGAGCGCGCGGCGGAGCUGAAGGACUCGCUGACGCCGUUGGCGCCGCCCGCGCCACGGCCAGAUGCUGCCGUCCCUGGCGGCAUGCUUGCGCUCCCACCUCCACCAGUCGCAGGCGACGGGCACGAUGCAAGUGAUGACGAUGAGGCGCGCCACAUCGAGGACCGCAUGAGGGAGGCAGCGGCGUCGGCUGGCCACCGCCUCGGGGAUGCGCCCAAGCCUAGCAAGGGCAGUGUUAAAGGCAAGGGCAAGAACCGCGGCAUGAAGAGGCCAGCCGCAGCCGAGGAACCGACGGCCCCCGCGACGCCCAAGGGGAAGGCCAAGGCGAAGCCGAAGUCCGCGGCCAAGUCGGACGUCAAGCUGAGGAGCGAGAACCACUACACGAGCAGGGCCUACAGCUACGUGAAGGGCAAGGCUGUGAAGGCAGGGGCUUCGCUUGAGCAGGCGAAGGCCUGGGCGGGGGAAGCCUACAGGGCAGCCCGCGAUGUGUGGCAGAAGCACUCCAAGGCGAAAGCCAAGAAGUAG